UUGUAACAAAAUUGAAACUAACCAACAAAACAAAACAAAAAGCUAGAUGUUACUUGUUAGAUUAGAUGUGAUGAUUUCUAAUACCGGGUCAUGGAUUUUGCAAGUAUCAAGUCACAGGGACAAGUUAUUGAUGUUUUUGAAGAUCUGUUUCAUCAGUAUAGUAAUUUGACAGAGCUGCCCAAGUUCAAAAAGAGGAAGCUGACGCAAGUAGGAAACUUCAAGGUCUGCAAAAAUAUCCCAAAUUUGUCCAAUCCACCCCUUUUGCAUCAGAGUAGCAUCCAAGCUUCAAGAUUAGCAGAGGAUCAUGGGCAACAGACUGGAAAUGUGUCAUUACACCCUCAUGCUAAAGAUCAGGGGAGUUUCUCGAGUGGUGUUUUCAGCAUUGAUUCUGACAUUGAUAACCUGAAUGAUGAUGGAGAAUGUGGUGAUGAAUGUCACAUGGAAAGCAGGCGUCACCCUCUUGAUCAAGUUGAAGAGAACUUCUUGUCAUCUGAAGCACCAUCAGAAGCUGGUUCUGGUGUUGUAGAACGUCCUCUGCAGGAAGAGGGUAGGCAAGAUCAUGUGAGCUUGAACCAAGAUGGUAAUGACAUCCCUCAAGAAGGCACUGGAAAACUCACAGAUGAGGACAUUCUCUUCAUGAUGCACAAGCCAAGAUUAAAGAAGAGAAGGAAAAAACCACCAUGGCAAAAACGCAAGCUUGACCUAGAUGACCUGUGGGUCAAGGGUCAACAUCUCCAGUGUCACCAUAGUAGUGAUCAAGAGGAAGAGGUUACUACUAAGCUCUUUUUGGAUCGGAAUCUGAGAUGGGGCAAGAUCAGCCUUCAGAAAUACAUCUGUGCAAUGAGGAAAUCAAGGAAAGGCAGAAAAUGGCUGAACAACGGCAGCAGAGGCAACUUAGACAGCAAGAAAAAAUCCCUGAAAGACACUUCUCAUGAAGACAAGUCCUUUGAAAAGGUGACAUCCAAUGCUAGACUUGCAACCAAAUCACCAAGGAAUGAACUUCCAGCAAGUAUUCCGCAGAAAAGAACCUUGAUUGCAAGUUCAGGAAAGAAAGGUAUAGUGAAUAGAGAAAAGAAGACGGGAAAGAGAGCUAAAAAAUCUACAAGAUGGUUUGAAGAUGCGCCAGACAAUACUUCGGAUACAUCGGAACAGGAUUUCCGUCAAAGAUCGGAAUUAGAAAUAUCCAGUUGUGCAUUUCCAAAAGUAAACCGUGGUAAUGAUGUGGCCAGUAGGGCAAAGGAGGAAAAGGGGAAAAGAAAGAGAAAGUCACAGAAAGCGAGUAGAAAGGUCAAGGAAUCUAAAGCAGACACAGUUGACUCUAAAGUAAAAGGUAGACUGCAGAAGACCGAAGGCUCAAAGAAAUGCAGAGUUUCUGGAGGCAGAAGAGGCAGUUCAACCAGCAAAGGCAACAGUUCCUGGAUUGACAUUGAUAGUGCCAGUGAGCCUAGUGGGGUCACCAGGACACAGAGUGGCAGCGAAUGGCUUCCCUCCGACACCACAGGACAGGAGAGCAGUCAAAGCCAGGAGUCUGUCGUCAACUUCAUCUGCCUCACGCCGAGGAAAUCAUGCAAGCUGUCCAGGAGACAACGGCGUGCCGAGGAGAAGAGGAAGACGAAUCCUCUGUCCACCUCCGACAGUUCAAACUUUGGUGGCCCUAUUAGGGGUGUAUCUUUGCACCCUAGGGGUUCCCUACUCCCUGUGACAGACUUUCCUGGAUGGGACGAUGAGGAAGAGGUUGAGUGCAGACCGUUGUUCAGUCAGGGUAGGCAUUGUGGUGGUGUUUGGAACACUAUCAUUGAGGAAUCAUCAUAAAGAAGAGAGCAAGGGGCAGAAGAAGUCAUUCAGAAAAUUAUUCAUUAGACAGCCUUGGGCAGUUCUAUACAUAUUUUUAUAUUUCUAUUCAUGUCAUUUUCAUUUCAUGUUUAAAGCUAUGAUUCAGCAACCCGGAUGCUCAUUGGAAACAUCUUUUUCCUUUCUUUUUUUAAAUAAUUGAAAUUGAUUGCACAUUUUGAUGUAAUUAAUUUAAUACCUGAUUUAUCUCUUUGUGUAUUUCUUGGUUAAAUCAUUUCAAUGUUCUUCAUGUUAAAAGCUUGUUUUAUUUCACCCAAAAACAAAGAAGCAUGUUCUGUUUAAAGUACUGGUAGACAUGCAUUGAGAAUUACAAGUUUGGCUAAUAAUUUGUCAAUAUAAACCAGAAAGCUUGCAGAUGACAAAUGCAUAAGUCUUAGGUCAACUGCACAUCGGACAAUAACAAAUUAAACCAAAUAAAAGUACCUCUCAGGAUCUGGGGUAUACGAGUGCUUUGCCAGAAAAUGUAGCUAUGUUUAGAUGAUGUCACAUGAUGGACCAAUCCUUUGUAAGCAGACAACAUCCUAUAACUAAUUUUCAGUGUAUUUAUUUCUCAACUAUAAGAGUUUGAUUGAUUUUAAUCAUGAACGUACUUCACACCUUUAUAAAAGAUAAAUUUUGCUGAUGCUGAUAAUUAUAAUUCUUUGUUUAGAAAAAUUCAGGACAGGGGUAAAUUAUCGAUGAAAAAAUCCCACUGAAAUAUCAGCCCACUUUCAAAAUGAAAAGCCUGUCAAACUACAGAAUGGACAUUCUUUGUUCCUGAUUGAAACACUGCACAUGCCAUGCAUGCAUUGGUGCAUGUAGCUGAAUGUACAAUGGCAUCUACAAGCCACAGUGAAGCUAUAACUGAUUUCUUUAUUUUUAAUUUCAACAAAUAAAAUCAUGUCUGAUAUUUAGAGUGAGGCAACAGAUUAAACAGUUACAAUGAUGCUGGUGAAGUAAAAGAAAUAAGUGAAGAGAAGAUGACGAAGAAAGGCACUUGAAAUAUGUGCAUUGUUUGUUAAUAUGGGAUAUUGUCUGCUUAUAUGCUAAUUUGGUCCCUUGAGUGACGUCACAAAUCUUGGCAGCGUUCAGAUAGCUCUUCAAGUGCUGCGGUAUUUUACCGUUUCAAAAUUGAUAUUAAUUGUUACUUUGAAUGUUUCCAAGCUGGGAAAUUUGAUAAAUUUGUUCGAUCUAACCUUCCCUAAUGCAUGAUACAAAUUACAUCAUUAUUUAAAAUUAAUGAACCUCUAAUUUUAAAAAAAGACUAGAGUUUUGAAAUGUUGACUCAGAGGCUUUUUGAUUCGUCUGAAUUUUUCCAAAGUGAAAACCGAUUAUUGAAGGUGAUAAUGCAGUUCAUGAACUUUAUUAUUCAAAUGCCUUAUGGUUUUUUUUAAUAAUGAGAUGUCUUUACAUAGUAUGCAUAAACAUUAGGAUGUGUAAUACAUUUCCCAGUACAGGGAAACCAAUCAUGUGCAAGUUAUCAUUUUGAAUUAAAAUUUCAAAGUGAAUUAA